AUGGAGUAUUUACGCGUAUUGAAGAAAUAUCACUUUUUUCAUUACUCGGCGACCAACCCGUUGGAAGCCAGCAUGUAUCUUACUGCCGGCAUUGAGACGUUCAACAAAUCAAUGGGAGUAUCGUUUUUCAAGCGCAAACAUUCUUUUAUAAACUUCUUCUUUAUCUUCGGUAUAAGCAACUUGGUGCUAUAUGUUGUCAGCGUGUUGAAAUCAGCAUACGUUUCGCGACACGAUAUGACGAAGCUCAUGUACAGUAUAGCCACAUUCGGGUUUUGCUGCCAGGCCAGUAUGAAAAUUUACUGUUUCGUCGUAACUCGUCAAAGAGUAAUUGAUCUGUAUGAGAGCAAUCAGCACUACUAUCAGGAUAUGAUGAACCAAAGUAACACCGUGAAGCGAGUUUUGUGUGAUAAUGCCAGCCUGAUUUAUAUCGUUAUCAAAGGAACUGUUUUAGUAUACCUCAUUUUGGUUAUCAUUGCGAUGUCAAUACCAGGGAUUUCUUCAAUUUUUCUGUCAGAUCUUAUUCUACCAUUAGGUUUCACUAUUCCUUUUAUCAAUGAUGAUACAUUUGCUGGAUACAUAUGGAACUAUAUCAUUCAAAUCAUAAUGGCUGUUUACUAUUUUAUCAUAACGGUUGGAACCGAUAUAACUACUAUCUACAAUCUUUUAACUGCCAACGGACAACUGGACGCACUGAUGACGAUCAUAGAAGAGCUGGACGAGCAGCUCGAGCGUGAUGAGUGUCCUGAGAAAAUUCGUGAUAAAAUAAUUGAGAUCGUACAUCAGCAUCAACAUCAUCGAAUAUAUUUGCACCAGCUAGUAGACUUUUUGAACCCGUAUCACUGUGUUACUCUUGGUUCAACAGUCCCAACGAUGGUUAUUUCUGUUCUUGGAUUAUUUCUGUUGGAUUGGUAUCCAGGUGCUGUGAUUGUGUUUCUGGGUUCUGUUCAAAUAUUUUACAUUUGUUUUCUUGGCACCAGUCUUGAAAUCAAGACCGAUGCUCUGACGCUGAAGGUCGGUGCAAUCCAUUGGAACAAACUUUCCAUUCCAGAUAUGAAGUAUAUGAAUUUGGUAUUAGCGUUGACACAGAAACCAAAGAUGCUGAAAGUGGUCACGUUACCGUUGAAUAUAACUGCAUUUCUAAAAAUUCAUAAGUUAAUCUACUCUUUGAUCAUGAUGCUGGAAAAUACUAAGGCUUGA